GUCGGCCACCGUAUGGUGUCGUGGCGUUUCCUUCCUUCAACGGGUUACGUUUUCACUGUUAGCCAACCUUCCCGGCUUGUGUGGUCUCCUUGUUUUCUUCUACAUCUCAUAUACAUUUAUUGGUCUAAGUUUGGUCUGUAGGUCGAGAUGAGGCGCGCCGGGCUGGGUGAAGGAGGCUCUGGACAUUAUGUAGCCAGUGGAUACAGUGUUCAUGAGGAGGAGAAUCAGCACCUUCAGGAGGGACUGAGAGCCAAAGUCACCGCCUUGAAAAGUCUGUCAAUUGACAUUGGAACGGAAGUCAAAUACCAGAAUAAAAUGCUAGAAGACAUGGACUCAGACUUUGACUCAACGGGCGGACUGCUCGGAUCCACCAUCGGCAGAGUGAAGCAGCUCUCCAGAGGCAGCCAGACGAAACUGCUGUGCUACCUGCUGCUCUUCUGCUUUUUUGUCUUCUUUGUCCUGUACUGGUUUGUCAAGCUGAGGUGAUAAGCGCUCCCUUUUGGACUUGGCCCUUUAGUUCCACAUCUGCAGCCCCAGUCUGAUGGAUGUCAAACCAGAUCGGCACAGUAAUGGUGGUGAUGUAAGGCAGAGAGUUGUUCUAAAAAAAAAAAAAAAAACAGACUUGGCUUUGUGUGCUCAGUGUCUGAGCAGUCCACGCAAUGACCCCCAUUUGGGUUG